AGAGUGCUUGAGAACCCCUUCCGUUUGAGAUAAUCAGCAAUUAAAAGAUCUGUGGUGGACAUGGCUGUACCUUAUUGAAAUGUAAAGUAAACAAAUAUAGAUAGCCUCUAUGAAAGAAAGAAAAACCAUAUCAAGACCUAAUCACAUGACUCAUUAGUACGUCACAUGACCCUGCAAAAUAGCCCUGCUUUACACCCCAACACCACUUUUAAUAUCUGUGUCCCCUUCCCAAAACCCCCUACCGCGACUCUUUUUUUUCCGUCUCCAAAAUUCACAAUUUCGCGAAAGUAAGGUGAUGACAUAAGCACCGUCCAAAGAAGUAGAAUCCCAUUAAAAAAUCUUUUUCAAUUUUUAUCACAAUUAACACAACUCUUCUUUUAAUACUUAGAUCAACACAAAUUCAUAUAUCAAGAUGGGUAAAGGUAAACCAAGAGGAUUGAACUCCGCUAGAAAAUUACGUGUCCACAGAAGAAACAACCGUUGGGCUGAACAAUCAUACAAAGCUCGUUUAUUGGGUACUGCUUUCAAAUCAUCUCCAUUUGGUGGUUCUUCCCAUGCCAAAGGUAUUGUUUUAGAAAAAAUUGGUAUUGAAUCAAAACAACCAAACUCUGCUAUUAGAAAAUGUGUUCGUGUUCAAUUAAUUAAAAAUGGUAAAAGAGUUACCGCUUUCGUUCCAAAUGAUGGUUGUUUAAACUUUGUUGAUGAAAAUGAUGAAGUUUUAUUGGCCGGUUUUGGUAGAAAAGGUAAAGCUAAGGGUGAUAUUCCAGGUGUUAGAUUCAAAGUUGUUAAAGUUUCUGGUGUUUCAUUAUUAGCUUUAUGGAAAGAAAAGAAAGAAAAACCAAGAUCAUAA